AUGAAUUGGAGAGCAAAACCACAAUCAAUUACACAAUUAACUCGUGAUCGAGAAAUUAGCCACAACAAAGAUCUUCAAUAUUCAAGAGAAUGUCUCAAAGCAGAUUUGAAAGAUGUACAUAGGAAACGAUUAACGUUAUUGCAAGCUAAUACUAAUAUUAAGGAUUCCAGAUCAAACGAUUUGCCAUUUUUGAAAAACUCUAUAUAUAAUAUGACUGACUUUCGAAUUAGUAAACCAAAGUUCUUUACUACCACAAAAAAAGGUGAAAACUAUGAGCUUCGUGCUGAUCUAAAUAGUGAAUAUCGAGAUCGUCGUAAAGAUGCAAUUAAAAAAGUGAUUGCUAAUAUGACAGUUGGAAAAGAUGUUUCAGGAUUAUUUCCUGAUGUUUUAAAAAACAUGCAAACAGAAGACUUAGAACAAAAAAAACUGGUAUAUUUAUAUUUGAUGAAUUAUGCAAAGACUCAACCUGAGUUGGUCAUUUUGGCUGUCAAUACUUUUGUAAAGGAUACAGAUGAUAGUAAUCCAUUAAUUCGUGCAUUGGCUAUUAGAACAAUAGGAUGUAUUCGAGUAGAAAAGAUUAUUGAUUAUCUUUGUGAACCAUUGAGAAAAUGUUUAAAGGAUGAUGAUCCUUAUGUUCGAAAAACUGCUGCAAUUUGUGUUGCUAAAUUAUAUGAUUUAAACUCUGAAUUAGCUAUAGAAAAUGGGUUUGUUGCCAUGUUACAAGAUAUGGUAUCAGAUUCAAAUCCAAUGGUUGUAGCUAAUGCUAUAACCGCUCUUGGUGAAAUAAACGAAGCAUCAACUACAAAAAACAUAUUUGUCAUUAAUACAUCAACGCUUUCAAAAUUAUUAGUAGCCUUAAAUGAAAUUGCCAUAUUAACAGCAUUAGCAGACUUUAAACCAACCGAUAGUAAAGAAGCCGAACAUAUAGUUGAACGUGUUAUUCCGCAAUUUCAACAUGCUAAUGGAAGUGUAGUAUUAUCAGCAAUUAAGGUAAAAUCAGAAAUAUAUUUUAUAUAA